CAUGGGCGAGCGGGGAGCGCGGCGCGGGGCCGGGCGCGGCGCGGGGCUCCGGGGGCCGCGGAGCGCGCGCAGCCCCGGGGGCUCGAGGCCGGCCGAGCCGCCGCCGCCGAGCGGCCGAGCCGCCGCGGGGACCCGCAGUCUCGGAGCCUGUCCCGGAGCCUGUCCCGGAGAGAGCCCGCGAGGAAGCAUGUGGGCCGCGCGCUGCGCUCUGCUCGCCGCCCUGGUGGCCGCCUGCGGGGCCACCGCCGCCGUCAGCGACUGCCGGGCGCUGGAGGUGCCGAGCAACGUGCUAACCAAGCUGCCAGGGGCCAGCAUCAACCUGACCUGUCUGAGGAACGGCUCUCGAGACCGCAGGCCCGUCCUCUGGGAGCUCCACACUGAGGUUCCCCGGCACCUGAGCAAAGCUGCCCUCCAGAGGCCCACGUUGGUUCUCCACUCCCUGCGACCUGGCGACUCGGGGAACUACUCCUGCUUCAGGGCCAACCAUCCGGCGGGCAUCGUGCGGCUGCUGGUGGAGGAGGCACCCCCCGAGGAGCCCCAGAUCUCCUGCUUCCGGAGGAACCCAUUCAACAAAGUCACCUGUGAGUGGAAGCCGCGGGCCAGCCCCUCUCCCGGCACCAAGGCCAGGCUGCUGGUGAAGAACCUCCCUCAGAAAGGAGGCUUCAGUCUCUCCCAGCAGCCUUGCCUAUACAGCCCAGCCCCGCGGACCUUCUCCUGCCAGCUGCCAGUGCCCGAGGCCGACAACUCCAGGUACACUGUGUCCCUGUGCCUCGCCAACACUGCCGGGAGCAGAAGUAGCAGACCCCUGUCGUUCGAGGGGUACGAAGUCUUGCAGCCAGACCCUCCGGCCAACAUCACGGUCACCGCGGUGGACGGUAAUCCCCGCUGGCUCCGGGUCAGCUGGCGAGACCCCCCGUCCUGGAACACAAACUACUACCGGCUGCAGUUCGAGCUCCGCUACCGGGCAGAGCGGUCCAAAGUCUUCACCACCUGGAAGGUCCACGAAGCCAGGCACAGCUGCAUCAUCCGCGACGCCUGGAGCCGCCUGAGCCACGUGGUGCAGAUGCGCGCCCAGGAGGAGUUCGGGAUGGGCCAGUGGAGCCCCUGGAGCCCCGAGGUCAGGGGCACCCCCUGGACAGAACCCAGGACUUCCGCCGAGGAGACCAGCGCCCCCAAGUCCGUGCAGGCACUCAAGACUGAUCCCAACGAGGAAGUUAUUCUCCCUGUGGGCCCUGUGAACACAACAAGCCUCCCAGUGCAAGAUGCUUCAGCUCCUCUGCCCGCGUUCCUGGUGGCUGGAGGAAGCCUGGUCUUUGGAGCCCUCCUCUGCAUUGGCAUCGUCCUGAGGUUCAAGAAGACGUGGAAGCUGAAAGCCCAGAAAGAAAGCAAGACCAGCAUGCAGCCGUCGUAUCCUCCGGGACGGCACAUCCCCGAGGCCCCCCCGGUGCUGGUCCCCCUCAUCUCCCCUGUGGGGCCCCCCCGCAGCUUCGGACCCGACGGCGUCUCAGGACACAGCCCGCUGGAGGCAGGGCCCUCUCACGGCCCCUAUGACAUCAGCAACAAAGACUACUUCUUCCCCAGAUAGCUGGGGGCACGCGCCCAGCAAGCUGCGUGGGGGUCCACACCUGCUGAGCUUGGACCACAUGGCACCCCCGCCACGGCCACCGUGUCUCACUCACGGGCAUUCUGCUCCCCUCAGGGCUGGGGGGACCGGCACCCCCCUCAGAGGCCUCGCGAGACCAGUUUACUGGAACUCAACACAAGGGCCCUUCUGCUUCUGAUCCGGCCUUCCCGAGCACUGUUCCCAGGGAUUCGAGGGCUCUCAGGCCUCUGCGUCUGAGAGCUGUGACCACGCGCUGCGGGCACCCACAGGUCCCCCAGGCCACACCAGCCACACCGCCUCCAGCCCCACAUCGCAUCAGCCUCUGCUGCACGCCUUUAAAAUCCAAGUGCCUUGACCUCCAGCUUCUCUGGUUCGGCUGGACAUCGUGUGUCUGGAUCCAGGGACUCCGGGGGAGUCAGUCCCGUCUUUCUGCCCCGCACCAGGAGGGCCUGCUGGUCUGAGUGGAAUUGCACUGAGCACGAGAGCAUUGUUAGUGGUGGGUAAUCACGGGCCUUGGGAGGAGAGAAGCAGAAAAGGGACAUGGGGAACGUGCGGUCCCCAGUGAUCACAAAGGCAAAGGGGACAAGGGGUCAGCAGCCUCUGGAAACCCUCCUCCUCUUCCCCCCCCCCCCCCCAGAACUGGCCCCGGGGGCUCUGCCCCUAGAGAUGUGAAGCUGUUCUCGAUAUAGUUUUGUUUAUUUUCUUUUUUUUUUUUCACUGAGCCUUGAGUAACCAGGGAAGAUAAUAUUUAUGUGAAAAGACAAAAGAAGCCGGCGAAAGUGUAUUUUCCUCUGGCUUUUGACAAACUGCUGUUUUAUCUUGAGAAGGCUGGGCCACCCGCGUGGGCCCAGUAGCUGAGCGGCGCAAACACGGCUGGGAAACGCACACAUUUCCUGUAGCUCCGUGGUGAGCUGGGUGACAACAGGAGGAGGAGGAGAGGCCGCGCUUCCCCUCAUUUCCCUCGUUUUGGGAAGAGACCGCUUUCUGUCUUGAUCUGGAGUCUGAAAAAGUCUCUCUCUCUCUCUCUCUCUCUCUCUCUCUCUCUCUCUCUCUCUCUCACACACACACACACACACACACACACACACACACACACACACACGGGAGCUGUGUCUUCUCUGAUUCAGAAGGCCCGAUGUGGAAAGGAAAUGGUAUCCAGCUCCUGGGUAUGGUUCUGGGAACCUCCCACCAGAGCCAGGCAAACCCCAAUCCUUGAAAUUGAUGCUCUCCCCCUGCCCCCAGAGGCUUGCUAUGAGAAUCCGAGACCCUGCCCCUCCUCCUUACAGGAUGCCUCGCACCUCCUGCCAUUUGGCUGGUAUUGGAAACUGCCACUCCCUUGCGCCCCCCGCCCCCCCCCCCCCCCGUCCCCCCAUCCCCCACCACCACCUCCUCAUGGUCCAGCCCAGGACACUUCCGACCACUCCCGCUUGUUUUUCUGGGUGGGGGGGGGUUGAGAAUUCAUUAAUGUUCACAGCCCCUGGGGCAAGUACGCCUGAGAAACACGAGAAAAACGGUGGUAUUACAAUGAAGAGUGCCUCAGGUUGAGCUGGGAUUCUUUGGGGGAAAUCGCCUUGACCUGGGUGGGAGGAGCAAGAGGGAAGCAGAGCAGGUCAGGGCUGUCCAGACUUCAUCACCAGCAGGCAGGGCCCUCUGCUCCCCAGCCUCACGCUGGGGGUCACCCAGCUUGAGUCGGCCAAAGCCAGCACUGGUUAUUUUGUUGUUACUCUGUAAAAUGGCUUGGACAGGCAGGAGUGGUUCAGGGGACUGUGGGGCCUGUGCCCGCCACUCUCAGAUGAGUCCUCUGGGUUCCCCAACGCGAUCCACAUCCAGCGACCCUCAGCGAGUGGGAGAGGUGAAAUCCAGAGGCGCUCACACCUGCCGAGAACCAGGCCACGUCAGCCACACCUGCCACAGUUUUCGUUAUGACUGCAACGAAACUGCUCGACACAGAUACGGCGAGAAAGGGUUUUCCCCCUUUAUUUUUGUCUGCCUUUACUGAGAUGAAGGAGAAGUAUUUGUUUUCUCUCUGGGUCUCAGGCCCUGGGCUGUGUGCCCCGGCAUAAACCCAACCCUAGGUGUCUCUGUCCUCAAGCCCACGGUCUGUGAAUGUGCGUUUCUGAAGCACGGCGGCCUUUCUCCUCCAUGGGAGGUGACUCCCUAAUCCCCCCACCCGUGUGCUGUCUGCCACUCAACCCCCAUGUGAAUGCCAGGACUGUAAUAGUUAGUGUGAAACAGGCCAACGUCCAGGAGGGCUGAGGAGGUGGCUGAGUCUGGAGCUCUGGUUCGGCAUGCUCAAGGCCCCGGGCUCGAUCCCCACCACUGCAAGAGAAGCGCAAGAGACGAGGACACGCAGACUCUAGGUCUGAAGGGGAGUCGCUUCAUCCUGUAGCAUUAAUGAAAUGUUUCUGUCGAAGAACUGAUCCUCAUGGCUGCAGGUCUACUCUGUAGGGAUCUGGCCUGACCCGCUGCCUGUCGUGGGGUUCCGCAGCGUCUCACUCAGCGUGCCACAGCGUGAGUGUGCUUGAGGGGACCAGGUCAGGGCCCCCACUAUGGGGUGAGCAAGGCCGGGGGCGGGGCCCAGCUGGAAGUGAGGGUGGUUUGUGGCUUUCUGUAGAAUGUUCACCAAUGGCCCAGCCCCCUGGGAGGGGCCGUAUCACCUCACUGAAAGCGCAGAGGCUGAUGCUCCGGGGAGGCAGCCCGCGUCGUGGGGACUGAUGAGAAACUUAAUCUUGAUUUGGAGCAGGGCAAGCAACCAGUCUCAGGAACUGAGUGAGCCCCCGGCCGAGCGUUCCCGUCAGGGGCCGGAGGUGGGCUGCGGGGGAGGGCAGGGCCAGCAGCUCCGCACAGCCCCUCACGGGUCUUUCCAGAAUCUCAUCCCCAGGGUGGCCUGGUGCCAGAACGAGCAGGUUGCCAUGGCAACCUCGAUGAUUAUUAAGAACAUGUCAGUUUUAGGAACAUAUGCUCAAGCUCAGCCCAGCUGAGGAAGGCCCGGAAGAGCACAGAGCAAGGCUGUUCAUUAACAGGCCGUGUUUGGGCAGAGAUCACACGUCUGUUAAAUAGUAUACCUCAACUUUAUGAUAUGUGUUAUUUUGUUUUGUUUUUGAGAGAGAAAUAAUAGUUUCAGAUGUUAUUUUUUUAUUUUUACCUAACUUAGCUAAAGCAAAUAUCAAAGGCUGAUGUCUAUAUUUGGGGCAAAGGGUCAGUAUAUGCUUCUCAGUGCUUUUGUGACCAGCUGUUUUGCAUUUCAAAUGAAUAUUGUCAAGAUGUAUUUGCAAUAAAUAAGGUCUAAAAGCA